AUGUCAAAAUUGUGUGGAUUUUUUUUAAUUUUAUCGCUAUUUGUAUCCGGUGUUUUAAGCGGCGGUCCAUGUUCAGAAAUCAACUCAUUAAUUGCCUCAUUAUCAAGCUCAAUUCGAGCGCAAUAUCAAGAAGUCGUUCGCAUAAAUUCAAGUAGAGCAAAAGUUGAUCAACUUAUAGCUAUUGAUUUCUUAACAACUUCACUUCUUAAUGAUGAUUUACUUGAUCUGCAUGAUAUGGCGAUUGUGUCAAGAUUAAAUGAUUUAGGUCCGAAUGGAAGUAUUUGUGUAGAUUCAUUUUUUUCAUGA